UCGUGUCAAAAGGAUGAUCAUCAUUAUAAAACUCCUUUGCUGAAUAAACUUAUCAACUUCGCCAAACAUUCCACAGAUUUUAAAACAUAGUCAAAUUUUUACUAAACAAAAAUCUUAGUUCCCCCACAGUAUUUCCUAUCCAUCUUCAUCUGUAUUUUUGGGAUUUUCUUUUAUUCAUUUCAUAAAAACCCAUAAAAGGUACAGCAUAACUGAAGUCCUUGCUCCAUACGAAAGACUAUACUAGUCUUUUGCCCCUGAAUUUUCUUCAGUAGAUUCGGUUUUUGCCAUUUACGGAUGCAAACAUCUCAGCGCAACUGCAUUACAAGUGCAGUACACGGAUUCCAUUACCAGCAUGCCCCCGAAAUGACACCUUAUAUCUCAUCCCAUUACCAAAUCUUCGACAAUAAUAUGUACCCCGAUAUCCCCACACAAGACAACCAGAUGUCUUUCGAAACAUACGAUGAACCGUACUUCACAUUAGACUCUGCUCCGACCACCAGCUUUUAUAACACGUACGACCCACCAUGUGCUGUCAGUACCUCAUCAAACAGAAGCCCGUGUUCUCCUCAGUCGUACAUCUCAGACCCUCAUCCGUCUUCCGGCAACAAUUAUGGUUCCCCGAUGAGCAGAUCCUCUGUGGUAUAUGAUAGUACUCAACUAAGGAACCGAGUAGUCAGAGAUAUCGAGCGCUCUCUAAUGGGGCCGGAUUCACCCCAUAUGACAGAUGGACACUAUUGCUCGUUGAACAAUAAUCAUGGAGCCUCGCCAAACAAGCUGAUCGAGAUACUCCCGAAGAUGGAACUUAAGGAUAUUCUUAUUUUAUGUGCAAAAGCAGUGUCGGAGAACGAUUUUUCAACUGCGGAAACCGUAAUGAAUGCUUUAGGGAAUAUGGUAUCGGUAACUGGGACUCCGAUCCAGCGAUUGGCUGCUUAUAUGCUUGAAGGUCUGAGAGCAAGGCUUGAAUCCUCGGGCUAUACGAUUUACAAGAAGCUAAGGUGCGAGGAACCGACAAGUGCUGAGCUUCGUACGUACAUGCACGUUUUAUAUGAGUUUUGCCCUUAUUUUAAAUUUGCAUACACGUCUUCGAAUGCUAUCAUCCAAGAAGCAGUUAGAAAUGAGAGGAGUAUACAUCUUAUUGAUUUCCAAAUCGGGAUGGGAACACAAUGGAUAUCGUUACUUCGGUCUCUUUCUAAUCAACCUGGUGGGCCCCCGUUUGUUCGUAUCACUGGUGUCGAUGAUUCCCAAUCAGCGUAUGCUCGGGGAGGAGGGCUCGGACGGGUAGAAAAGAUACUGUCUGCAGAGGCCAAAUCGUGUAGGGUACCUGUACCCUUUGAAUUUAACGCCGCAGCAAUGUCGGGUUGCCAAGUUAAUCGAGAGAAUCUAAAAGUUCGUCCUGGGGAAGCCUUGGUUGUGAAUUUCCCGUACAUGCUACACCACAUGCCAGACGAAAGCGUGAGCACCGAAAACCAUCGAGACCGCUUGUUGUGGCUGGUUAAGAGCCUGUCGCCUCGAGUAGUAACUGUAGUCGAGCAAGAAUCAAAUACAAACACGCCUCCUUUCCUUCAUCGGUUUGUUGAGAUGUUGAAGUACUACACUGCAAUGUUCGAGUCGAUUGAUGUGGCUCUUGCGAGGAACGACAAGAAGAGGAUAAAUGCCGAGAUGCAUUGUCUUGCACGCGAUAUUGUAAACAUGAUAGCGUGCGAGGAUUCAGAAAGGGUAGAAAGGCAUGAGCUUUUCGGCAAAUGGAGGGCGAGGUUGAGCAUGGCGGGUUUUACUCAGCUACCCCUGAGUACCUCGGUUAAGGAAUCCAUUAAGGGUUUGUUGAAGGGAUUCCAUGAGAAUUAUCGGCUGCAAGAAGGGAACGGAGCACUUUAUCUUGGUUGGAAGACCUGUUGGAUGGCGUCCUCCUCGGCAUGGAGGUGAAAACUAGUCGUCAUUGACAGAGUAAUUGGUUCCGAACUCAGUAGAGUUGUGUUUAUCUUUCUUAACCAGCUUAAUUUUUUUAGAAGUAACAUAAAGUCUGCAGCCUAUUUCCUGUUUAUCUGUAGAAGUAAGAGUUAGUAGCUUUGGUUUUGUUUGUGCAAUACUAAUUUCACAUUAAUGUUGUGAAGUUAUGGAUGAUAUUUGCUAGUUGCUACGAGUCAACUUUUUUCAAGCAUGAGUUAGGGCUUUGGUUGGUGAAAUGAAAUUUGGGUUUAUGUCUAA